AGCACCUCUUCUGGUCCACGACGGCGCAGAGGACUUCAAAUUUGGACUGCCAUUCCAUGGCUGAUGCUUUCAAAUCUUGUCGCCCAAGCAAUGCCCACUGCUUGCUGUUUAUAAUACAACGAAGAAGAGGAGGCAGCCAUCGAAUCGGAGGACCAUGGCGGCGAUGGCGCACCCUUCAACGAAGCUGGAGUAUUACCACAGCAUGUGGAAGCUUCAUUCCAGCUCCACCUUACUCUCCUUCUCCAAGGGUGAAGACGGACGGUCGGUGAUGGUGCUGGACGCCACUAUCUUCCACCCACAAGGCGGCGGUCAGCCCUCCGAUACCGGUUUCAUCGCCCUUUCCGCCGAUCCGCACCUCAAAUUCAUCGUCAAUGACGUCCGAUCGAGGGAUGGGAUUGUUUUUCAUUAUGGGGUUAUUGAGGAUUCCAGUGAGGGACUUGAAGCAAAGCUCAAGAGUGGGGUUGAAGUUGCCCUACAUGUUGAUGAGUUGCGUCGGAAGCAGAAUUCUAGGCUGCACUCAGCUGGGCAUUUGUUGGACAUUUGUACGAGGAAUGUGGGAUUAGGUUAUUUAGAGCCAGGAAAAGGAUACCAUUUCCCUGAUGGGCCAUAUGUUGAAUAUAAAGGGGCAGUUCCACAGAGUGAAGUGCAAAGCAAGCGGAAGGAGCUGGAGCUGGAAGCUAAUAAGUUAAUUUCCAAGGGAGGGAAGGUUUCUGCUGCGGUUUUACCAUAUGAAGAAGCUUCCGCGCUGUGUGGUGGCUGCCUGCCCGAUUACAUUCCCAAGGGGAGCACUCCUCGGAUAGUGAAGUUAGGGGACAAUCCCGGCUGCCCUUGUGGCGGAACCCAUGUUUCUGACAUUUCAGAGAUCGUAAGCAUGAAGGUUUCUCAGAUACGGAUUAAGAAGGGAAGCACAAAAGUCUUUUACAACAUAGGAUCCUAAAUCAUCUGCAAUGUCUCUGGGUUAAAAGGCACCGAUUGUGAAGGAAAAACUUUGUCAGGCCUUCUUGUCAGCCAUUGCUGUAAUUCUCGCGGCAUCCAUCUGUUUUUUUUUAUUAUUAUUUAUUUAAUUUUCUUUUAACCUUUUUAGACUGGUAUUGUUAGUCUGCAUGGAUGAUAAUCGUGGAAGAAAGAUUAUGCAAACUCUAUUACUGCUCUUCUAACUAGUUGUUGCACUAUCAAUAUAUAUGUAAUUAACUCUAUUGGAGCAAGUAUCAUGUUAUUAGUAUCUCUUGAGCUAUAUCUUGAACUAUACAAUAUAUCAUAAAUGAUAAAAAUAUUUCUUGCAUCUUA